AUGGCACCCACCGAGUCAACAAUCCUUGCCAACUACCUCCUGGUCCCGGCACAGCUGCCGGCCAUCGUCUCCCUGAAGGAAUUCACAGAUCUGUUUCCUCGUGCGCAGCAGUCAUCCCCGCAGGUCAAGAGACUCUACAGAGAUCUUCAGAUCCAGAGAAACACGCUCGUCGAUGCUGUGGCAUCCAACAUUGAGACUGAAGCGAAACGGGCCAAGGCACUACGGCGGGAGGUUUUAAGGGCAAAGCGUGAGGCCGAAGACCAUGAGAUCGACGACGAGAUUGAUAUCGAGAGAGCUCUUUACGGUGCAGCAUCAGGAGCUCCUGUUUCAAAGCAUGACAUCAAUUCCAUCAUCCCGGAAUUAGCUAGUUCUGCAGAGGAGCUUGAUGCCUCAAUACAGGCCCUUGAGAGGGAAGAGGCUGAGCUAUUGCAGUCUAUCAAGCAAACCGUCGGCAACAUGAGCGACCUGCGGUACGGUCGAUUAUCCAACGGACAGCUCACAGAGCAGGUUCUGGAAGGCCUACAAAACGUUCAAGAGACAUGUCAGGCAAGACAUUAA